AUGGGAGACGCGCUCGACCUCAACCUUUUCCCCUCUUGCUACAACUGCCUCUCAUGGUCCGACGACGGCGAGCUGGCCAUCGCCGCCGGUGACGCGGUGCAUCUUCAGCUCCCCCAAUGGAAACCCAAAUGGGUGCAUCCUCUCUUCGAAAAAGAAAAAUCCACACCGUGGACAUCUACCAAAAUCCGCGCCAACGUCUUCACCCACCGCGAAUGGGAAGUUAACUGGCCGUCAAACCGCGAUGAUUUCUCCAUUGGUGCCGAGCAGUCGCUAGGCACUGUCGUCGCACUGGCCUGGUCGCCCCAGGGUCUGGGCAAGCAUCGGCGCUGUGUGCUGGCUGUGCUGACGUCGAAUUUGUUGCUGUCGCUGUAUGAGGCCGAUGGCCAGCGAAGGACUUGGUCGCGCGUCGCGAUAGUUAAUGAUGCGAUUGAUGCGUAUUUCCGUGUUGAAGAGAAGAAGAUGAAGCAAAAAGGCGACGAUUCUUCAAGUAAUUUGCUGCGCAAGGGCAGGGUUAGAGCGUUUGCGUGGUGUUCGCCGUUGAAGAGUGAGGAUGGUCACGAUGAUCAUGGGGAUGGUAGUGUGCGCUGGGGAGAGCAGAUGCUGGCUGUGGCGACGGAUGAUAAUGAUGUCGUUCUUGUUCAGGUGAAGCGUGAUGAUGUGUCCUCGGUUGAUAAGAGUGUCUAUUCUUCCAAUGUUGUCUCACAUCUGGAGUUUGACCAGCAAGCCAAAAAAUACCCUAUGACUCCGGGGCCGUCACUGUGGGCAGAUGCCUUGGAACAAAAGGCGAGAAUACUGCAUGUAGCAUGCGGACCAUGGAGGAAAAUGACAGCAUCUGCAGACGGCUUCGGUGCCAUGAUUGCGGUGGUAUACGGAUCUAGAUUGCAGCUUGUCAAUAUACAAGCCGACACAGUUGCUGGAAAAAAUGGCGAAAGAACAGUCAGAGCUCAGAUGUCACACACCCCGGAGAAAUGGCUCUCCGGGUUGGAUUCGAGCAGUGUUAAUUUCACCGGGCCCCUAGGAUGGAUUCCCUCAGACGACAAUAGAAUUUUACUGGUGGUAGGAUGUUUUGGUGGACGUGCCACUAUCUGGUGCGAUACCAGUGCCUAUCUCAACCAGCCGACACCCAAAAACCAACCAGUGUUUCGCCAACUUUCCUUUCAAGAAGAAGGAAGUGGCUUCAUCAGUAUGGGUGCUACAUACUACCAACACAACGAGCCCAUGACCGGAAUAGUAGCACUCGACAGCCCAGACACCCCCAAAGUCUACAUAACCACACUGGGUCCAGUCUCCGAGACCAUUGCCCUCUCUGUGAUUGGAACACCCCUCGAAGAAACUGUAGCCAAGAUGCGUUCUCCAUGGAUAGAGCACAUGGAGCGCUACAGACAGCGCUACAACAUCCAAUACGAACUCGGCGACAUGACCGUCGCGCGGACAUGGGGGCUCGCCGCGUUUCGCGGCUGGCUGGCCGUUGCGUUCUCAAUGCAUCCUGGCGAUGUUUUGGAGUAUACCAUCCGAGCAGAAGAAAACACCGUUGUUCUGUUUGUUCCCCCGGACGCGGACGCGGUAUUCCCGACUCCGCCUGAUACAUCUGAAGAACAUGUGGCGGCAGCCAGAGACGAUAUACUGAGGUUGAUUCUAUCCUCUGCUCACGAACUGCAGAAGAAUGAUACGCGAUCCGCCAGACUCGUCUAUGCAGCAUGCAUGUGUGCUAUAAUCACCCACCAGCCACAGGAGCAAGAACAAGACCAAAAUCAAACACCGCUCCUUACUCUAACCCACAACGCGCUCACACAUCUCUCCUCCAGUUUUGACCUUCCCAUCACCGAAGAACUAUCCUAUUGCGCAGAUAUAGCCUCGGUUCCUAUUACUACUACUACCACUACCACCGACACACAAGACAUUAGAAUUGAAACAACAGUCCUCACCCCCGCAAAACCAGCAUUCACCCUCGAGGGCCCCGGCGGCUGGAUAUUCGAGUCUUGCCAGACCUGCUACCGACGGAAAAACGAGAUUGUCGGGUUGAACUGGACGGGGUAUGAGAUGGCGGUUUGCGAGUAUGGGCAUCGAUGGAACCGCUGCAGACUCACAUUCCUCGCCAUUCAAGAGCCGUAUAUAUCACUAUUCUGCUCUGUCUGUGAUACAAACUGUCUCGCGCGGAAUAGAGGUGUUGGAUACACGUUGAACCGGGGCGAUGUUGUCAUGGCCGAUAGUGACGAGACGAAUAUAAUCAAGGGGGAAAAUAUAGAGAAUGGGAACGGGCACGAAGAAGAACAUGCAGAAGAGAGAGAAGAAAGAGUAGAACUGUAUGAGAGGCUGUAUGAUCGAUAUGAUGUUUGUGCGUAUUGUGGGGGAAAGUAUCAGGACGAAUGA